AUGUCGAAGAGAGCCGCCGACGUUUCCGAUGAGCAAUCCGCCGCUCUCAAGGCCGGGGAGCGCCCGAUGACCGAAGCCCCUCCAGACGAGGUGGGGGAAUUCGAGGACGAGUUCGAGGACGAAUUCGAGAGCGAAGAUGAGAUCCUCGAGGCCGGUGUCGAUGGCCGCCCUGAUGCGGAGCGGGAGGAGGAGGAAAAGGAUGCGAUGGAGGUGGACCAGCAGACUUUCAUUCCCGGAAGAACGAAACUCGCUCCCGGAGAGGUGCUUUCGCCAGACCCUUCUACAUAUAAUAUGCUACACACCCUCACGACACCCUGGCCCUGUCUUUCUUUCGAUAUUGUCCGCGACAACCUGGGCGACAACCGCAAGACCUUUCCCGCGACCGUCUACGCCGUAACCGGUACCCAGGCAGAGGGACGUCGAUCAAAAGAGAAUGAGCUCAUGGUUCUGAAGAUGAGCGGAUUGAGCAGGAUGGAGAAGGAGAACGAUACCGACUCGGAAAGUGACUCAGAUGACGAUGACGACAUGGGAGAGCCCAUUCUCGAGCACAAGAGUAUCCCCUUGGGAUCGACAACCAACCGGAUCCGUUGUCAUCAAACCCCCUCCUCCUCUGGAGAUUAUUCCAAGCCUCCACAGACCCUCACUGCCACUAUGCUGGAGAACUCGCAGGUGGUCAUUCACGACGUUACCCCUCAUCUUACGAGCUUCGAUGUUCCCGGCACCGUUCUCCCUCCUUCCGCCUCCAAACCUCUUUCUACCCUUCGCAUGCACAAGUCCGAAGGUUACGCACUGGAUUGGUCACCUCUACAGCCACUGGGCAAAUUGUUGACCGGUGAUAACGAUGGUUUGAUCUACGUUACGACGCGCACCGAAGGUGGCGGCUGGGUUACUGAUACGCGGCCCUUCACUGGACACGCGUCGUCGGUUGAAGAGCUGCAAUGGUCUCCCAACGAGCGCAAUGUUUUCGCUUCCGCUAGCAGUGAUGGUAGUGUGAAGGUGUGGGAUGUCCGGUCCAAGUCCCGCAAGCCCGCUGUGGAUGUGAAGGUUUCCAACACCGACACGUUCCACCUUCUCGCUACCGGUGCGGAUGAUGGCCAAUGGGGUGUCUGGGAUCUGAGACACUGGAAGCCGAAUGCCGCGGCGCCGUCAGCCCAGAUCACGGCAUCGCCUGUCGCCGCGUUCGACUUCCACAAGGAGCCGAUCACCAGUAUCGAAUGGCACCCAACGGAUGACAGUGUGGUGGCCGUUGGUUCGGCCGAUAACACUGUGACUCUGUGGGACCUGGCUGUCGAACUUGAUGACGAGGAGAGCCGGGAAGCCGGCCUGGCAGAUAUUCCGCCGCAAUUGCUGUUCGUGCAUUACAUGGACUCUGUCAAGGAAAUCCACUGGCAGGCCCAGAUGCCCGGUACUAUCAUGGCUACUGGCGCUGCUGGAUUCGGAGUAUUCAAGACGAUCAGUGUUUAA